AUGUCCCGUUAUUUAGCUGAUGUAGAAUACGACUACGUGGUAGACCAGCAGCCGAUAGGCAAGCUGCUAUUCAGGCAGUUCUGCGAAAGAAAUCGCCCACACUACCACAAAUACAACAGUUUCUUGGAUGCGCUUUUGAGUUUCCAGGCGGAGAGAUUCGAAGUUGAGGUCGACGAAACGAGGGUGUCUCUAGCAGCUGAGGUCUUCGGACGGUAUCUGAAGACUGAUGACGUAGACGCCGUCACUGACGUAGUGCCGUCUGACGUCAUCAAUGACGCAAGCAAAUUACUCGAAGAUUUCACCUUUUCUGGCGGUUCCAAGGAUAUCUUCAGCGAAUGCAUCCGAUGUGUGAAGAGUCAUUUAGCGGGUACUCCGUUCGCGGAAUUCGAGAGGUCAAUGUACUUUCAUAGAUAUUUACAAUGGAAGUGGUUAGAAGCUCAACCGGUCACUCAAAACACAUUCAGAAUGUACAGGGUGUUGGGUAAAGGAGGUUUUGGGGAAGUCUGCGCCUGUCAGGUGAGAGCCACUGGCAAAAUGUACGCAUGCAAGAAAUUGGAAAAGAAACGUAUUAAGAAGAGGAAAGGCGAGGCCAUGGUGUUGAUUGAGAAACAAAUCCUGCAAAGAAUAAACUCAAGAUUCGUCGUUAAUUUAGCGUACGCCUACGAAACUAAGGACGCUCUGUGUCUGGUCCUAACUAUUAUGAAUGGUGGUGAUCUAAAGUUCCAUAUAUACAAUAUGUGUGGUGCUGAAAGCGGGUUAGGAUUGGAACGAGCGAGGUUCUACGCGGCGCAGGUCGCCUGCGGACUUGAACAUCUACACAGAAUGGGCAUCGUUUACAGGGAUUGCAAGCCAGAGAACAUUUUAUUGGAUGACGCUGGCCAUGUCCGUAUUUCUGAUCUCGGGCUUGCUGUAGAUGUACCGGAAACAGGCGGAGUCAGGGGUCGAGUUGGUACAGUGGGGUAUAUGGCGCCUGAGGUGAUAGACAACGAGCGUUAUACAUUCAGCCCGGACUGGUUUUCGUUUGGAUGUCUAGUUUAUGAGAUGAUAGAGGGUCGCGCUCCGUUUAGAGCGCGGAAAGAGAAGGUCAAGAGGGAGGAGGUCGACCGGAGGGUCAAGCACGAGCAAGAAAAAUACAGCAGUAAGUUCAGCGAGUGCGCACGCGCAUUAUGUUCGUCGCUGUUAGUGAAGGCUGCUGCGGGGCGGCUUGGCGCGAGCGGGGGACGUCGCGGCGCGCGGCAAGUUAAGGCGCACAGGUUCUUCGCUAAUAUGAACUGGGCGCGAUUAGAAGCUGGCAUGGUUGACGCGCCGUUUGUUCCUGACCCCCACGCUGUAUACGCGAAGGACGUGUUAGAUAUCGAGCAGUUCUCAACAGUGAAGGGAGUGAAUCUGGAUGCGGGAGAUGAUUCGUUCUACUGCAAGUUUAGUACCGGCUCCGUCAGUAUACCGUGGCAGAGAGAGAUGAUAGAAACCGGGUGCUUUAACGAACUCAAUGUGUUCGCUGAGGAUUCAGGUCGUGAGUGUCGCAGUCAGGAUCUAUCUCUAUCACCCACCCCGCCGCGGGAGACUACAGCCGGCUGCUGCGGACUCGCGCACAGGGUUCUGUGUCCCCAAAAGAAGAUUCCGGCUCGUCUUAGACCUAUCCCGGUUCCCGAACAUUUGUUACAACCUUCAUCACCGGCGCCAAACUCCUCCAACGACACGCCAAACAAGACGCCCGAUGUUCAAACCACACCGAACGAUGUUCAAAACGCACCGAACGAGGUUCAAACCGGAACCGAACAGAACAGCUGA